CAGUCAGUCAUUUCUAUUCAUUGAAGGGAGCGCUAUCGUCUGGAAUUUCAACUGAGAAAACAUGAACUUUCGCACCAAAUUCGUUUUGGGGAUAUGCACCAUAAUCACCGUUGUUAUGACGGUUGUGAUCCUCAGCCAUGUGAUGACGGACAUCGGCGAGCGUAUGGGACUGGGCUGGUUUCUGUACACCGCCAGUCCGUACCUGUGGGCUGGACUGGGCAUUGGGCUGUCGGUGUCGCUGUCCGUGGUGGGUGCCGCCGUUGGGAUCUAUACUACGGGGACCAGCAUUGUCGGGGGCGGUGUCCGCUCGCCCCGCAUCAAGACCAAGAACCUCAUCUCGAUUAUAUUCUGCGAGGCGGUGGCCAUCUACGGCCUGAUCAUGGCCAUAGUUUUGUCUGGCAGUAUCAACAACUAUCGCCUGUCGAAGAUGCUGAGCGACAAGGGUCAAAUGGCCAGGAACAUGUUCACAGGAUUCGCUGUAUUUGGGUCCGGGCUGGCCGUGGGACUGGUUAACAUCGCUUGCGGCGUGGCUGUUGGCAUUGUGGGCUCUGGAGCAGCCCUGGCCGACUCGGCCAAUGCGUCGCUGUUUGUCAAGGUUCUAAUUGUGGAGAUUUUUGGCUCGGCCAUCGGGCUCUUUGGACUGAUUGUGGGCAUCUACCUGACAUCCAAGGCGGAGAUGAUGUAAAGCCGAUUACAAAUCAAAGAACUCUAAUUUAUUAAGGCCUAUUAAAGUAAUUAAACACUAAUCUUCCUCAUCAU